AUGGAUCGAGAGGGCACGCCCGCACGGCGUCGCCCGCCACCCCCUUCGCCCGGUGCCGCCUCGCCCACAGAUGUCCGCAAUCCCGCUGUGAGAGUCGAACUCGUCGACGACUUGUCGGCAAGCUUCCAGUCCAACGAGACGGUGCGACACCGCCCAGACGGCCCUGGAUAUGGAUCCAUGCAGUCUUCGGCCACCGCCACGGCCAGCAGCAGCAGAAGCCCCGUAGAGCCAACGCUCGACCGAUCGCAGCAGAGGGCCUCUGUCCAGCAGUCCCGCCCCAGCCUUGCCGCCCCUGAUCGCAUCAAGUCCAUGUCUCGUCUGCCCCGCAAGCCUCCCCUGUCGCGCCGCAUAUCGUCCAACACGCCUCACCGAGGAGACCUCUUCUCCGCAGACGACGACACCCACGAGGUCGAGGCCGAUGCCGUCCACCGCCACCGUGACCUGCCCCCCGGUUACGCUUCGAAGCGCCGGCCACCACCACCACCACCACCACCACCACCGCCACCACAACCUCCGGGCUCGGCGCGAUUGCCCUCGCUUCACACCGGUGACGACGGCCCCGAACCCGAAGAUCGUGGUGUCCCGCCGACGACGGCCGAGGAGGAAGAGGACGAGGACGACGGCUCGGAGCCAGAGCAAGAAUCACCCCUCGACGAGCAGUCCGACUGCAAUUCCGAUGGCGACAUUAGCGACGCCGAGAGCUUUACCCUCAAGGACCGCCAGCAGGCAAUCAACCAGACGCAUCCCUUUGGUAUCCGAGUCUGGAAGCCCGCCCUCUACAAAAAGGACCGCUCCAUCCAGAAAACCGCCCAGGCCGAUAUCCACUCGACUCCCGGUGGCCGGGUGAGCCAUUGGCUCCUCCUCUUCAACCUCCUCUGGACCCUGUGUUUCGGAUGGUGGAUGGCCACUCUCGCGGCCUUUGGCGCCGUCGUCUGUCUGCUCUUCGCUGCGACACGGAGCGGCGGCGAGUACGGGAGAGUGCUUUGGGGUCUGGCCGGCUACCUCUUUUACCCGUUUGGAAAGUUCGUUCGGCUCGAAAAAGAUGAGGCAUACCUGCACGAGGAUGCCGACGAGGGCCGGAGCAUCUCCGAGUACGAGCAGUGGCAGAGCGGCGAUCUCGAGUACGGCCGACUCUUCUUCGGGCCCGACCGCAACCGAUCCAUUGUUGGGCGUUCGAGGAGGAGCAUCGACUCGGAGCCGAGCGAAACGGAAAGCCUGCUGGGGCGCGGACGACGCGGCGAGCACGGCGGCAGCUCCAACAACAAGACGCGGCGGCGAAGGCUCUUUGGCCGCGGCCAGUGGAACAUUGGCCGCGUCAUCUUCUUCCUCUUCUUCUACUGCCUCAUUUCUCCGUGCCUCAUCCUCGUCUCCGCCAUCUGCUGGUUCCUCGUCUUCUGGAUCCCCAUGGGCAAGGUCUCCAUCCUCCUCUUCGACCACCUCCGCCGACACCCGCUGGCCGUCUCCUUCGAAUCGCACGUCAAGUACUCGCGCGACGAGGACGCGCCCGACUCGUCCAUCUUGCUGUGCACCUACAGGGCCGUGGGCUCCAAGUACUGGAAGUACACGGUCGACGGCACAAACAUCUUCCUCAUCAACCUCAUGGCCGUCGUCAUCUUUGUCAUCUUUGACUGGAUGGUGCUGGACCGCGUCUUGCACGUGCAGAACCAGAUCACGUCCCCGGCUUUUCUCUUUUGCGCGGCCUUGCUGUCGAUUAUCCCGCUGGCGUAUUUCAUCGGCCAGGCCGUGGCGUCCAUCUCGGCGCAGUCGUCAAUGGGCCUGGGCGCCGCCAUCAACGCCCUCUUUGCAACCGUGGUCGAGGUCUUUCUCUACUGCGUUGCUCUCAGCCAGGGCAAGGGCCAGCUGGUCGAAGGAAGCAUCGUCGGGAGCAUCUUUGCCGGCAUCCUGUUUCUGCCGGGCAUCUCCAUGUGCUUUGGCGCCAUCAAGCGCAAGACGCAGCGCUUCAACGCAAAGUCUGCCGGGGUCACGUCGACGAUGCUGCUCUUUGCAGUCGUCGGCGCCUUUGGCCCGACGCUCUUUUACCAGAUCUACGGCACCCACGAGCUCAACUGCCUGGACUGCGAGGACUGGAACACUGGCCGCACCGACGGCCCGAAGCAGACGCGAGACUGCCAUCGCUGCUACUUUUCGCAGUCGCCCGCACUGGAUGACCGGUUCUAUCUCGAGGCCGUGCGGCCAUACUGCUACCUCGCGGCGGCCAUGCUGUUUUUCUCGUACCUGAUUGGCCUGUGGUUCACUCUGCGAACGCACGCGGCCGUCAUCUGGAACGCCGAGGUGGAGGAGAAGAAGCACGAGGACCAUAUCCAGGCGUCUGUGAUUAAAAGCCUGCAGCCGUCGGGAGCUGAAGCUUCGGGAGCCGACAUUCGCGACUCGCACCUGUACAAGCGCAUCCUCGGACAGUCGCUGAAGCAGGCAUCGACGGCGACCCAGGAUGCGGCGCCAAACGGCACGACCAACACGGUGCACGUCGUCCCUCCCAAGGGUCACGAGGCUGCCCGCUCGACUGUCCAUGUUCCCGGCCUCAGCCAGGCCGAAAACACGGCCCUGGCUCGCGAAGUUGCCGAGAUUGCCGCCACCGCCGCCACGAUUGCGUCCCGCGACCGCUUCUCACGCAAGAUGUCUGGCGUGCCCAGUGUAUCGACUGUCACGUCCAAAACCCAUCCGCCUCCUCGACCCGGUGCCGUCAUUGACAUGGGGGAGGGGCCGGCCACUGCUGGCGCGGAGACGGCGACGGUUCACGGCGGGGGCCACGACGGGCACGACGCGCCGAACUGGAGCCGCACCAAGAGCUCCGUCAUCCUCCUCGGGGCGACGAUAUUGUACGCAAUCAUUGCCGAGAUCCUCGUUAACACCGUGGACGUCGUUUUGGAAAGCUUCUCGAUCGACCAAAAGUUUCUUGGCAUCACCUUGUUUGCCCUGGUUCCCAACACGACCGAGUUUCUGAACGCCAUCUCGUUCGCCAUGAACGGAAACAUUGCCCUGUCCAUGGAGAUUGGCUCGGCCUACGCCCUGCAGGUGUGCCUGCUCCAGAUCCCCUGCCUGGUGCUGUACUCGGCGUGGUUCCCCGCAACCUCGAAAGGGGCCGACGCCGGCUCGUACACGUUUGCGCUGCUGUUUCCGCAGUGGGACAUGGUGACAGUCAUCCUGUGCGUGUUUCUGCUGAGCUACGUGUACGGCGAGGGGAAGAGCAACUACUUCAAGGGCAGCAUCCUGCUCCUGACGUACAUGGUUGUUGUGACCGGGUACUUUUUCAGCGGCUACACGUCGGACGUGAUGGGGGCGGCGAGAUUCGACGUGAUGGGGGCAAACGGAAAUUACGAGAGCUACAAGACGAUUGGCCGAUCGAGGGGCGGGCCAGCUUUCGCGGCUUGA